AAGCAGUCUGUACAGUAGUGGUCGCGCCUUCUCGCGUUAGCUUCCAUGGCGACCAGCUAGAAAUGCGUUUUCUCAUCUCCACCAGCCGGUAAGCUCCCGUUAGAGAGCUAACGGGCGUCCUAUGUCAUGAGAAGAUGUAGCGUACUAACUCUUUAGAGCAAUUGCGCUGUACAUUAGUAUGCUAAGCUAAUGUUGAGCCUUUCACGUUUACCAGCCAGCAGUGACUAGGGGAGCUAGCGGCUCUAAGCUAACUGCUAGCGUUUACCUGCGGGCUGCUGCUAACUACUCUACGCCGCUUGCAAGCUAACAGAAUGGAAAGUGUGAAGGAAAACGAAUGUGGAGCGCUUUCGUCUUCUUCGACACUGCAGGGAACACUUGACUCUGGCAGUGACAGUAACUCCUUGAAGCCAAGCGGAUUAUCGCCGCAGCACUCUGGAAAGAGACCAUCUAUCGGGGAGGAUGACGGAGGAGGCGCAGAGGCGAAACUCUUCGGGAAGGGGCUUGCGGCCACCUCCCUUCUCCAGAUUGCGAUAAGGAACGGGAUCUAUCAAAGCCAAGUUGCCAACGCUAUCGGUGGAGCGGCCAAAAACGCAACCAUGUCCGCUGUGAAAACGGCCAACAUUUACAGUCUGACAUCGGUGAACAGUUCCACCUCGGUAAACUCUAUGCUGAGCAGGAGGCGGCACAGGCACAAGAGGAAUCUGUCUCUGGGGGCUCCGCCGACCACCGGCUCGACCGGAGCGUCGUCUGCGGAGGCGGCCAGCCCAGCUCCCUCAUCCUCGCCGCUGAGCACCCUCAGUCUUGAUCGAAAAACCUUCCUCCGACAGAAGCAGUCGAAGCAGCUUCAGGCCUCUGAUAAAACAUGGGUGAGAUCGGACCUCCGGCGGGGUUGCAUCCACGUCCACGACUGGCUCACGCCCUCCUACCCGCGACCAGUGCUGUGUACAGUGGACACUACUUCUAAAGAGGUAGCCUGUAAGCUCGAAGGAAGUAAAGCCGGGGCUGUGUUGAGAAUUAACUGCAAACCUACUGCUUUAAGUGACCUCAGUGAUCUUGGCAAAGAUACUAAUGGCCAUACUGAUGACAUGAAAAGUCUCAGUGACAGUGUGGAUGUUAAAAAUCUCCAAAGUGAGGAGAAUGAACUCACAAAAAAUGUGGAACUGCCUUCUAACUUGCUACUUGAUGACAAAACUGCUAGUAAUUCUUCAUCUGAGGUCUACCUGAAUGACAUUGGCGUGGAUUUGAGUACUGGAGACUGUUAUGGCGUCUACUCAGGCUCUGACAUAGAGAGCAGCACCUGUGAGGACUUCAGUGCAGGGGGACCAAGAAGCAUGGAGCACGGGGAUUCACUCAGCGAUGGGUUGGGUUUGGGCACUGACUCUUCUGUUCUGAGCCCAAACUGUGACAGUGCCCCAGAGGGACCUGACCCAUUUGAGAGCUCCUCUGAUGAAACAGACCUCAUCUCUUCUCCCUCACAUUCAGCUAUCUCUCUCCCAGACAUCCCCAAGACUUCAAACCAAUCCACAAGACCAAACUUUGACACUGAAGCUGGGGCUGAUGACAACACAGAUACACACAUAUUAAUCAAACCUCCUUCUAAAUGCUCCAGCAGCUCACAGGCUCGCCCUCUGACCAGCCAAGCAUCUGCCCAGCCUGAGCAAGAGGUCCCUGGGGGGAGCAGAGGAUGGCUUGAGCCCAUCAAUACAAGCCCAAUGCCGACCCUCUACAUCCAGCUGCACGGUGGAGCUGUGAGGCGGCUUGGGGAUGAUGAAAGACCUCUGCAGAUCUUAAAUGAGUACCUAACUAAUCUGGGGUUUGAAGAUCCAUGGCGAGUGCAGGAGGAGGGGAUGAAUCCUGAAAUUGGCUGCCUGAUCCGCUUCUACUUUGGUAAGCCUCGUAGUGUGGGAGGUUCUGAGCGCGUGCAGCUGUCUGGGGUGUUCAACGUGCGGAAAGGGAAGCUGGCACUGCCCGUGAACCGCUGGUCAAAACGUCAGGUCACUCUGAGUGGAACUUGCCUCAUUGUCUCGUCUGUGAAGCAUGCCCACACUGGCAAGAUGCACAUCCUCCCUCUCAUCGGAGGAAAGGUGGAGGAAGUGAGAAGACACAGCCACUGUCUGGCUUUCAGCUCAGCUGGUCCUCAGAGUCAGACCUACUACAUCAGCUAUGACUCUUACACCGAGUACCUCCGCUGGCAGAGGACAGCCUCAAAGAUUGCCUCUCAGAGGGUGAACUCGGUGGACCUGUCAUGCUGCAGCCUGGAGGAGCUGCCUGCUCAGCUGUUUUACAGCCAGGACCUUACCCACCUCAACCUCAAAAACAACUUCAUGUCCCCUCACAAAGGUGUUCCAGCACUCACCAGGUUUUGUAAACUGAGAAGCCUUAGUCUGUCAAAUAACGCUCUGUCUGAGUUUCCUCUGGCCUUGUGUGACAUCACCUCCCUCACGGAGCUAAACCUGUCUGGAAAUCGUCUCUCCUCUGUGCCUGCAGAACUAGGAACAAUGCACAACCUGCAGACUCUUCUCCUGGAUGGUAACCUUCUGAGUUCACUGCCUGUGGAGCUGGGCUCUCUGGAGGGCUUGACCUACCUCGGCUUAUCCUUCAAUGGUUUCAGCUGUGUGCCCCCUGUCCUAGAGAAACUUGGAGGGAUGGAGAGACUCUGUCUGGCAGGGAACCAGCUCUCUGUCCUGGAUUUGGCUGGCCUGCAGUGGCUGUCUGCUCGCUACAUAGAUCUCAGGCUGAACCAGCUUCAGAAGGCGACAGUGGCAGAUGUGGAGCAGCUGGCCCACAUUGUUCAUCUGGACCUGAGGGAUACAGGUCUAGACGAGCUGGAUGUCAGCUCUCUCUGCAAGCUGGAGCUCCUCCGCUGUGACAGAAACACUCUCGCCCUCCUCAGAGUCUGUGGCCACGCCCUCAAGAGCCUGCAUGCUGCACACAACAAGCUGAAGCAGCUGGAGGUGCAGCCUGUUCCAGAGAAUCUGACUGUGCUGGAUUUAUCCUGGAACAAGCUGGGAUGUGUCCCCGACUGGGUGUGGGAGAGCAGCAGACUGGAAGUGCUGGACAUCAGCCAUAACUGUGUCACUGAGCUGCCUGUACGGCUGCUGUCCAGUGGGAGCCUGAGAAAGCUGCUGGCAGGCUGGAACGAUGUGUGUCAGCUGGAUGAGAGGCUGGAGCGAUCACAACUGGAAGUCCUGGACCUCCAACACAACCAUCUAACUGAGCUCCCACACAACUUGUUCAUCAAAGCGCAGAGCCUGCGAUACCUAAAUGUGUCAGCCAAUAAGCUGGAGAACCUCCCUGCAGCCAGCCUAUCAGAGGAUGCCUUCAGCAGCCUUCAAGAGCUCUAUGUGACUAAUAACAGCUUGACCGACAAGUGCAUCCCUCUUCUGACUGGACACGGCCACCUCAGAGUGCUUCACCUCGCCUACAACCAGCUGCAAACCUUCACUGCCAGUAAACUAGCUCGACUGGAGCAGCUGGAGGAGCUGGACUUGAGUGGCAACAGGCUGAGAGCAGUGCCCACGACCAUUCUCAACUGUCAGCGCCUGCACACGCUUUCUGCCCACUCCAAUUGUAUCAGCGCCUUCCCUGAGGUCCUCCAGCUGCCUGAGAUUAAGUGUGUCGAUCUGAGCUGCAACGAGUUGACUGAGGUGACUCUGCCAGAGAUCCUUCCUUCAAAACUCCAGGAGCUCGACCUCACAGGAAAUCCUCGACUCAGCCUCGACCACAAGAGCCUGGAACACCUAAACAGUAAUAUCCGAUGUCUGAGGGUGGAUCCUUCACAUUCAGCUCCUUGUGGGAGUGAGAGCCAAGGAGUCCCUGCAGUCUGGAGUCACGGCUACACGGAGGCCUCUGGAGUUAAAAACAAGUUGUGUGUGGCUGCUCUGGCUCUGGACAGCUUCUGUGGCAUUAACGAAGCUCUGUAUGGAGUUUUUGAUGGAGACCGGAAUGUCGAGGUGCCUUAUCUGCUGCAAUGCACCAUGGGAGAUGUGCUCGCAGAGGAACUUCACAGGGGCCAGAGGCAAGAGGACUACAUCACCAACACUUUCCUCACCAUGCAAAGGAAACUGGGCACAGCAGGCCAGAGGAUGGGUGGGUCAGCAGCUCUGUGUCACAUCAGACAUGACCCGGUAGCUUCCAGUGAGCAUGGCGGCUGCUUCACUCUGAAAGCCGCCAACAUCGGCAGGUGCCAGGCUGUUUUGUGCCGAGAUGGCAAAGCUAUGCAACUUUCACACAUCCACACUGUCAAAGACGAGGCCGAGUACCAGAGGGUUCGACAGCAUAACGCUAUUAUCACUGAGGAUAACAAAGUCAGCGGUGUAACAGACUCCACCAGGAUUAUGGGUUACUCCUUCCUCUGCCCAUCAGUGACACCCCGCCCCCAUGUUUCCACGGUGACGCUUACCCCACAGGACGAGUUUUUUCUCCUGGGCAGCCGGAGACUGUGGGACAUGUUGUCUCCCAGCGAGGCGGUGGAGGCGGUAAGGAACUUACCAGACGCUCUGGCUGCUGCAAAGAAGCUGGUGACUCUGGCCCAGAGCUACGGCUGCUCCGAUAGCCUCAGUGCCGUCGUUGUGAAGCUCAGCAUCACUGAAGACUGCUGCUGCUUCUGCGAGACCGCCUCCGCCACCCAGCCCUGGCCCAGCAGCUCAGCUCGGCGCACAUCCUUAUUCGGGAAGCAGUGACGGCAGCGUGCCGCUGCCCCGCCGCCGCACGCCUCCUCAGGAACAGUGAGCGAGUUAAGCAGCGAGUUCAGCACAUCUGAGAUGAGCAGCGAGGUGGGAUCAACGGCGUCCUCGGAGGAGCCACUGACGCAGACUGAACCCUCAUCCUCUCAACUGAACCCCCCAGGGCGAGCUGGCACACACAGGCCCACCUGUAGGGGGAGCAGCUUCCACAGGCAGUUCUCUGGAGCACUGUCUGAUAACGGGCUUGACAGCGAGGAUGAGGAGCCCAUCGCUGGUGUCUUCUCCAAUGGCAGCCGAGUGGAGGUGGAAGCUGACGUCCACUGUCUUUUACGACACAACUGCGCUCAGUCUCAGCAAAGCACAGACAGCCCUGCCCCUGUCACGCUGCAGAGUGAGUCUCUGCCUCUGGCCUUCCCUUCUCCAUCUGCCUCCCCCGUCCCGCCCUCCUCUCCCUACCUCGGUGGGGAGGCUCGGUCAGGCACUCUGGGCCGGAAGGCUCGAGGUAAUGGCUCUGUGGCCUGCCAAGGCAGGAGCCAGGACCUCAUUGAGGAGGCUGCCGAUGCUCCCGUCAAGAAGCAGGGGGGCUACUUCAACGCCCCCGCCCAGCCAGACCCUGAUGAUCAGCUCAUCAUUCCCCCAGAGCUGGAAGAAGAAGUCCGGCAGAUCAUCCAGCAACAGCAACAGCAGCUACAGACACACAGCCAGCAAGCACACAACUACCAGAAUCCUGCAGACUACUUCCUCACACCCCUCUGACGGCUGCUCUCCACAACUGGAGUCAAUCUGUUUCACACAAGACCGCAGAGUCUUUGUGAACAAGUUCAGCAUUAAGUUCACUCCAAGACCUCAAGAUACUCUGACCCGGCUUUGAGACUGUUUCCUUACAGCUUUUGUUUUGUUUACUUCACCUUGAAACCAAUGAAACUUUUCUAACACUCAUGUUGAUGAAAUGUUCACCUGUAAUUCAUUUGUUCCACAUAUUGAUUUGAAGCACUUUGCUUUGGGUUAGCCUCACUGAUUCUAUGUUUAAUGGUACUCAGAGUUGGACCUGUCUGUUUUUGUCUUGGAGUAGACUGUUUCUCUCCUUGCUGGUUGUGGCUGAUGGCCUUAAAGUUAUUGGAGUUAGCAAAACUUCUGGACUAACUCCCCUAGGAGUUGAAUACUUUUAAGUGACCUCGUCACUGAAGCGUGCUAAUGUUCUCUGAGAGAAAAGAUGAUUAUUUGUGAAGGCUGAUAUUCCAGAUGUUUGUUUUUCGGGGUGUGCAGAGUCCAGUGGUGCUGCAUUGACUACAUGCCGAUCAGUGGUUGACAGCUUAAUGAAUGUUCUCAGAACAGUGUUAGUUUUCAGCAAACCGCACAAGAGAGCUACUUUUGCUAUAUAAUAAAGUUUUCAGAUAACCAAAAAA